AUGCUUUCUUCUGUGCGGCGCGUUUUUCGUUCUAAAUCCAAACCAGAUAAACCCCCUACCGUGAAGGAGAAGCCAGUUCCUCAGCCAUCACCAGCGCCUAUAGCUCAGACCCGGACAACUUUCUUUUACUCUGGAAUACAAACGCUUCAUAGCACCGAAACCGAUAAUAUCGACAUCGUCUUGAUCCAUGGAUUGAAAGGAGACUGUCAAAAAACGUGGACAGACAAAACUUCGGGGAGUCCUUGGCCGAAGACACUUCUUCCUUUGGAGAUUGAGACUGCACGUGUUCUCACUUACUCUUAUGAUUCAACUGUCACCGGUAAGGACGAUGUUCCUUCCCAGAAUCGAAUCUCCAAUCAUGCAUAUAAUCUCGUGACUGCUCUCGCAUCACUUCGACAGAGCGAUAACACAAAUGAACGACCUAUCAUAUUUAUCUGCCACAGUCUAGGCGGACUUGUUUGUCAGGAUGCACUUGUCACAGCGAAACAACGGUCUGAACAGCACCUCCAAGACAUAGUCAACUUCACUCGUGGUGUCAUAUUUCUCGGCACACCACAUCAUGGAUCAAGCCUCGCCAAGAUCGGAGAACUGGUCUCACGCUCCGUCGGGUUGAUCAAAGAGACCAACAGCGAUAUUGUCCAAGUUCUAACAAGAGACUCGGAAGUCCUAGCUCGAAUUCAGGAUAGCUUUCAGGCUCUUCUCAUGACCCGAAGCAAGGACGAGGCUAGCAUGAUAGAUAUCACAUGCUUCUAUGAAGAGCUUCCGACUAAGAAGUUCGGAGUGAUCGUACCCAAACAUUCAGCCAUCCUGCCUGGCUACAUCUCGAUCGGCAUACAUAAAAAUCAUGCAGAGAUGACCAAAUUCUCCAAUUCUGAAGAGCCCGGAUUUGUGGCCAUUUGUGGAGAGCUCAAGCGCUGGAUGAAGAGGAUCCAGCAACCACAGCCUAAACCUCAGGAGCACUCUCAUGUUGCACAUUGCCUCGUUCCAUACACUUUCAGCCCAGAUUUUGUCGGAAGAUCAGAGAUACUUUACCUACUGAAGAGUCAACUUGGUGAUCUAGAACCUCAGUCACACGGUAGGGGUCAUCAAAGGGCUGCACUUUACGGUCUUGGUGGGGUUGGAAAGACACAAAUAGCAUUGUCGUAUGCAUAUUGGGUCCAAGAGGUUUCUCAAGAUACAUCGGUGUUUUGGGUUCACGCCAGCAGUCUCGAAAAGUUCUCCGAAGGUUACACCAACAUCGCCAACGAGUGCACGAUACCUGGGCACGAGGACCCAACUUUCGAUGCUUUACAAGUUGUCAAAGACUGGCUGGAGAGCAAGGAGAGUGGACAGUGGUUGAUGGUUAUUGAUAAUGCCGAUGACUUGCAACUUUUCUUUCCUCAACCUGGAUCUUUCAAGAUGAAACACAAUACUGAUAAGAGCUUAAGCCAGUUCAUACCGCAAUGCGCUCAUGGCAGAGUUCUCAUCACGACAAGGAAUAUGCAAGUAGGCUCAAGACUUACAAAGGGCAAAUACCCUAUCGAAGUAGGCCAAAUGAGCGAUCAAGAGGCGUGCCAGCUUCUCCGCCAAGGCAUCCGCCAAGAGGAUGAGUCGGAAGAGGUCCUGCUUCAACUCUCAUCUCGUCUGGAGUUUCUUCCUCUAGCAUUGGUGCAAGCAGCUGCCUUCAUACAAGAGAACUCCAUCACGGUCAAAGAAUACCUCGAGCUCUUGGACGGAAGUGAGAACGAUCUAGUUGAUCUUCUGAACGAAGAGUUCGAGACUGUUGGGAGAGACGCUGGUACUCCUCACGCGGUUGCUCAGACUUGGAUGCUGUCCUUUCAGCAGAUAGAAAGACAGUAUCCUUUUGCCAGUGAGCUCCUGUCACUGAUGUGUUUGUUCGAUCGUCAAAAGAUACCUCUUGAUUUCGUCGACUUUCACGCCAGAGAGAAUCUACCAGCAGGGACGAACACUAAAUUGCAACUUGUCAAGGCCCUUGGGAUGCUGAAGGCAUUUUGCUUCAUCCGGGCAGAGAAGGGUGGCGAUCAUUCUAUGCAUCGUCUGAUCCAAUUAGUCACAAGAACUUGGUUGGUGCGAAAAGGAAGCAUAGCCGAGCUCACAAGACACGCCUUUUCGGCAGUGUCAGACUUUUACCCCUAUGCAGAUUUCGAUGACCCCGAAUUCUGGCUCGAAGAUAUGGCAACAUGCACGGCAUAUCUGUCUCAUGCCAAGUCCGUCCUUGAGGCCCAGAUAAUUGAAACAGAGGAAGACAGGCUAAUCAGGGCUUCUGUGCUCCAUAGAGUUGGGUCAUUCUUUCGCUUUCAAGGCCGAUACCGCGAAGCAGAAAGCUUCCAACGCCAAGGUCUCAUCAUUCGAAGAGAAUUGCUCGGCGAAGACCAUAUAGAAACUCUCGUGACAAUCUCUGACCUUGCAGGCUCACUGGCUGAUUUGAGGCGGUUCGAGGAAUCUGAUAAAUUACAAAGGGGCCUUAUUGAGACCUUGAGACGCCUUCAUGGUGAUGAACACGAGGAAACACUUGAUGCUAUGUCUAACUUGGCUGUGCAUUUAUCACAACAGGAUAGGAAUGAUGAGGCAAUCGCGUUAGAUCGCCAUGUCUUGGAGGUCAGGAAACGGGUCUUUGGGGAAGAGCACACCGGUACAAUCCAAGUCAUGGACAACCUGGCGGCCAUGAUUGAAGGAAAAGAGGCGGAGGAACUACAAAUACGGGUUAUAGACGCAAGGACCAAAACUUUGGGUAAAGAGCACCCUUCGACCGCUUUCAGCAUGGCAAACCUGGCUAUGACAUACUUCAACGACGAUGAAAUCGGCAAGGCAGAAGAUCUGUUGCUCGAGGCAUUCGAGAUCGAUAAAAAGAUUCUUGGCGAAGAUCAUCCCACAACCCUUCGGAUCAUGUCCAACCUUGGAAGUGUUUGGUUAUUGUUUGGUCAAAGGUUCUUAAACGACAGGCACUUGUAUCCUGAUGUAGACAUGCUUGGAGAUGCGAAAAGACUUUUUGAGGAAUGCCUCAAGUUUCAGACAAAGCGACUUGGGUCUGACGACAGCGAGACAAUCGAGACUCGUAGGUUGUUGGAUGAGUGUCUAGAGGCGAUGGAGGUUGCGGAUCUUAUGGACGCAGAAGAAAAGGCACAGAUAGAAGCAGGGGGCGAACCGAUCAGAUAUAGCGUUGAAUUCUAUUGA